CAUUCACGAAAUUUCACUCAAAUUUCACUCAAGCGCUCUACAAUUCCACUGCUAUAUGUAUAGUUAUAUGUAUCACAAUUUUUGAAUCCACCCCCAAGUUCUGAUCACAUCGAAUCUGAAUUUUGUGCUCAUUCAAUCGUCUAAUUUUUAGCCUUUCGUUCUCCGUAGAUCAUGGGUGUGGAGCUAGACAACUUCAACAUGGAGGAGGGAAUUUUGGAGGUUGGCAUGGAGUACAGAACUGUCUCUGGAGUUGCUGGACCACUGGUUAUCCUCGAGAAAGUUAAGGGACCCAAGUAUCAAGAGAUUGUCAAUAUCCGUUUGGGAGAUGGAACAACCAGACGUGGUCAAGUCCUAGAAGUUGAUGGAGAGAAAGCUGUUGUUCAGGUUUUUGAAGGAACAUCUGGAAUUGACAACAAAUAUACAACAGUACAAUUCACAGGGGAGGUCUUGAAAACUCCUGUCUCAUUGGAUAUGCUUGGACGGAUAUUUAAUGGGUCUGGGAAGCCCAUUGAUAAUGGUCCUCCUAUUUUGCCUGAGGCUUACUUGGAUAUCUCUGGGAGUUCUAUUAACCCUAGUGAGAGAACCUAUCCUGAAGAAAUGAUACAGACAGGGAUUUCGACAAUCGAUGUAAUGAAUUCGAUAGCUAGAGGACAGAAAAUUCCUCUUUUUUCCGCUGCUGGUCUUCCCCAUAAUGAAAUAGCCGCUCAAAUAUGUCGUCAGGCUGGUUUGGUAAAGCGGCUGGAGAAAACUGAAAAUCUUCUUGAGGAUGGGGAAGAGGACAAUUUUGCCAUUGUGUUCGCAGCUAUGGGUGUCAACAUGGAGACGGCACAAUUUUUCAAACGUGACUUUGAAGAAAAUGGAUCAAUGGAGAGAGUUACCCUUUUCUUAAACCUGGCUAAUGACCCUACAAUUGAGCGUAUAAUUACUCCUAGGAUUGCUCUGACUACUGCGGAGUAUUUGGCAUAUGAAUGUGGAAAGCAUGUUCUUGUCAUAUUAACAGAUAUGAGUUCAUAUGCUGAUGCACUUCGUGAGGUAUCUGCUGCCAGGGAGGAGGUGCCAGGAAGACGUGGGUAUCCUGGUUAUAUGUAUACUGAUCUGGCAACAAUUUAUGAACGUGCUGGAAGAAUUGAAGGACGAAAGGGUUCCAUAACGCAAAUUCCAAUUUUAACCAUGCCAAAUGAUGACAUCACGCAUCCCACUCCGGAUCUUACGGGGUAUAUCACUGAAGGACAGAUAUAUAUUGACAGACAACUCCAAAAUCGGCAGAUAUACCCACCAAUCAACGUGCUUCCAUCCCUAUCUCGGUUAAUGAAGAGUGCCAUUGGUGAGGGGAUGACUCGAAGGGAUCAUGCUGAUGUGUCCAACCAGCUAUAUGCAAAUUAUGCAAUUGGAAAGGACGUCCAGGCAAUGAAAGCUGUGGUUGGAGAAGAAGCACUCUCUUCUGAGGACUUGCUAUAUUUGGAGUUCCUAGACAAAUUUGAGAGGAAAUUCGUUGCACAAGGUGCUUAUGAUACCCGCAACAUCUUCCAGUCACUUGAUUUAGCAUGGACACUGCUAAGGAUCUUUCCUCGUGAGCUUCUGCACCGUAUACCAGCAAAGACCCUUGAUCAGUACUACAGUCGAGAUGCAUCUAACUGAUGGAGAAAUGAGCUCAUCUACCCUAGUCUUCUGUUCAACGGCAAUGGUAUGAUUUCUGCUAUGUAAUUUCCACCACCUUUUCCACCCUCUGCUUGCAUAUUUCCUUUUUGUGCUAAAUAAAGAAAGGUUGUGCUCUUAGGUAGUUAGUAGACACCAAUAUUUUUUCAUCAAGGACCAGCUAGGUGUGUAAUUUUUUUGUAAUGUUUUAAAAUUAGUAUUACCCUGUUAGGGAUGAGAUUGCCUUUAAAUAUUGAGUUUCAGGAACAAAUAUAUAUGAUGCUUGUUUGAUCA